AUGAAUGAAUCACAAUACUCGCUCAUCGGAAGAGAUUUAUUAUGCAUGGAGGUGGAGAUGUUGAAAGCCUUGUUUCCCGAUGACGGGCAAGAACAAGUAUUGAAAAUUGAAAAUUUCUUCAUGGAUAAUAUUGAAAAUCACAGCAAUGAACAACAUGAACCACUUCGGAUUAUUAUUACAAUCACACCCAGUACUGGAAUGGAUGAUUCCUCGCAAUUCGUUUCGUUGCAAUUAUGUUUUUCAAUUUCAAAUGUUGAUGAAUAUCCGUUGUAUUUAAAAAAAGAAGUUUCAAUAGGAAGAAAAACAUCUAGUGAAGACGCUUCUAGUUUUAUAUCCAUUCCUUGGAGACGUGGCUUGUCGGAAGUUCAAUGUAAUUACAUGUUAUCAUACUUGUACAAGAAAGCGUAUCAGUUAAUUUCUGAGUGUGAAGAUUUCUCCAUGUCACCUCCAAUUUACAACUUGUAUGAAGAAGCUAGGGAAUAUUUAACACAUGAGAAUGAACGACAACUCGAAGUUUCUCGAUGCUCCAUUUGUUUGGAUGGAUUUUCUGAGAGUGGAGCUGUCACUAAAUUACCAUGCUUUCAUAUAUUUCAUACGGAUUGUUUGAAUACAUGGUUUCAUUUCAAAUGUAGAGAUAGAUAUGAUGAAUAUUUAAAGUUGCUUGAUCGAGACGAUAGAGGUGUCACAGAUGAAGUAACACCAACCUCUGAGACAGAGCUCGAAUCAUCCUCGUCAUCUCCAGUAAUUUUUGACCAGAGUCUUAAAGAAAGUGUAUUGGAAGACUCAAAUAUUUUCUAUUGUCCCGUCUGUAGAGUUCUCAUACCCAUGAAUAUUGUCGAGACUCAAAUUAAUGUGAAAAAAGAUGAAAUCAUUGCACAAUACAAGAAGGAGAAACGAAAAGAAGAGGCAGAGAGGAAAAAAGAACGUCGAAGACUUGCUCAAUUACAGGAACAGCAAAAACCCCAACCUCAGCCACAUUUGGUCACGCUUCCACCUACCGUAAAAAAGGAAAAGAAGAAACAAGAAUUCAAAGGCUCCUGGAAUGGUAUUUCUGAACUGUAUGGAGUCAUUGUAGAGGGCGUUACCUAUAGUAAUCAAAUGGGAACUAAACACAAAGAAAAAACGUUUAAAGAGUUAAAAGACGUCGUUCGUGUUAGAGUAUUGAAUUUGGGUUCUGUCAGUGGAAAAGGUCCAAAAACCAUGACCAUGAUGGUUGAGUUUAUUUCAAUGGAACUUGCUGAGAAAUUUCAACGAGAAUAUAACAACAAGACAGUUCUAGAAGAUGUAUUAGUUUGUACAGUGGCUCCCAAUCAACCGACAACACCUAAACAAGAAUAG